GUUUAUAGUCUGUGUGGCCAGCUAAAUAGGCGAUAAGACGCAAAAAUAUUUCGAAAAUGGUCAAAAAAGUAGAUCACUGAAAUCGACAUAUCACGGAAGGCCCACGAAACCGUCGCAAUCUGGUUCAGACGUUCUGUGACUAUGGAAGCUAAAUUCCUACGCUCGCUGUUGAUGCUGUUGGCGAUGGCAAUUGGUAUUACCGCCAAAACAGGUGAGAUAGCAAAAGAUGAGCCCCACCUGGAUCCGCUGGAGUUCUCGUACCUGACGCUGUGGAAAUAUACACUGGCCGAGUGUGAAGCACGAGGAAUCAAUGGAUCGACCAUCACCAGCUCGUGGAUCGGGGUUAGACGAUGUCUUCGCACCAAGCUGGAUGUGAUCGCGUUCAACAUGGAUUCGAUGCGGUUAAACGUCGACAACCAGAAGGCCAUUCUGGAGAAACACUGUCCAAAUCUACGAAAAGCAAGUAGCUGCUUCGGUCCGUUCAUGAAAAAUGUCAAGGCUUGCGUUCAAGACGAUAAUUACGAGAUAUUCGUGGCAAUGCGAAACUGGAUCACGGGUGUUUUGGAGCACAUCUGCGAUGAUAACGGGGCACAGAUUAAAUACGAUCGCGUGAAGCACGAAAAAUGUACAACCGAAUUAGGGCAGUACGUUUUUGAAUGUGCCGCUCAGAACAUCAUCGAUAAGCAGUACAGCAAUCGGAAAUCGCUUUCGGAGGAAGACUGCAGAAUGAUCGAGCGCGCCAAGGAUUGCCUUUUGGUGAAACUGAAAGACUGCUCUGUAUUUUCGGCAGCCGCCCAGCUCUUCUACGAUCACUUCAUCCGGAUAACAUCCUGCGCCCCCGUCGUCGAUGAUGGAAAUUGAUUUCAAAUAAACCUAAGUUUGUUUUCAA